AUGGGAGACUCGGUGCUCGUUAGCCGGCGCUCGGUGGCUUGCAGCUGCACCUUGUCUCAAUAGUCAAUAGUCAAAUAGUCAAUACUCUAAACUAUUAUAUCUUUGAAAAAAAAGAUGCACUUGUCUAUUUAUUUUUCGUCACUGGCAUCAGUCAUUAAUCAUUAAUUUAUGUUGUUAUUUCAAUUUUACUACUUCAGUACUAUUCGUUCAUAACGUUUAUAUUGCUAUGGGAACGUAAAUUCCUCCUACUUCUAUAGUACUUUUGUCAAAUACACGUACCUAUUUUAUUGCUUGUCGUUUGUGAUCAAGUACAGUAUCUGUUUAAAUAUUGGUAGGUAUAAAAUAAUAUACAAUUACUAUGACUGGUUACUUUUCAUGCCUCAAGUCAAAAUGAAACGAAAUCUUAAAAGCAUAUUUAAGUAUUUAAUUUUUGUUGUGAUCACUGCACUUGUGACAACUGUGAUUUUUAAAUUGUCUAAACAAUUUAAUCAAUAUGAAAAUAAUGAAUCUAUACACGGGAAGAUGGAUAAUACCAACAAACAGUUAUAUUAUGUAAAUAAAAAACAUGAUAAUAAGAUUGACUGGCAUGAUUGGGAAUUUAUUAAUUUAGAGAAACAACGAACUGGUAUUGGGGAACAAGGAGUUAGCGCUUCCCUUUCAUCACUCAAUCGGCAUAAAUAUGAUGAAUUGUAUAAAGUAAAUGGAUUUAAUGCUUUGUUAAGCGACAGCAUAUCUGUUAAUCGCUCAAUACCAGAUAUACGGCACAAAUUGUGUCAUUUAAAAAAAUAUAGUAAUAAAUUACCCACAGUUAGUGUAAUUGUUCCUUUUCAUAAUGAACAUUUCUCAACACUUCUUAGAACCGUGUAUAGUGUUUUAAAUCGUUCACCUAAAAUCUUACUUAAAGAAAUAAUCUUAGUGGAUGAUUCAAGUACAAAAACUAGUUUAAAGAGACCAUUAGAUAAUUUUUUAUCUAAAAACUUGGCUGAUACUGUUCAAAUAAUACGCUUGAAAAAAAGACAAGGUUUAAUUAGAGCUCGUUUAGCUGGAGCUAGAAAAGCUACUAGUGAAAUUUUACUUUUUUUAGAUUCCCAUACAGAAGCAAAUGUUAACUGGUUACCUCCACUUUUAGAACCUAUUACUGAAGAUUAUCGAACAUGUGUGUGUCCAUUCAUUGAUGUCAUUGCUUUUGAAACCUUUGAAUAUAGAGCACAAGAUGAAGGUGCUCGGGGUGCAUUUGAUUGGGAAUUUUUUUAUAAAAGGUUGCCACUCUUACCUGAAGAUCUAUUGUAUCCUACCAAACCAUUUCGGAGUCCUGUAAUGGCAGGUGGUUUAUUUGCUAUAUCAGCUAAAUGGUUUUGGGAACUUGGAGGUUAUGACCCUGGUCUAGACAUAUGGGGUGGAGAACAGUAUGAAUUAUCAUUUAAAAUAUGGCAAUGUGGUGGUACUAUUUUAGAUGCACCUUGUUCAAGGGUAGGCCAUAUCUACAGAAAGUUUGCACCAUUCCCGAAUCCUGGAAUUGGUGAUUUUGUUGGAAAGAAUUAUCGCCGUGUAGCAGAAGUAUGGAUGGAUGAGUAUGCUGAAUAUUUGUAUCUCCGUAGACCACAUUACAGGAAUAUUAAUACUGGAGAUCUAACUAAACAAAAAAAAAUAAGAAAAAAUCUUAAAUGUAAACCAUUUAAAUGGUUCAUGCAUAAAGUUGCAUUUGAUUUAGUCGAAAAAUAUCCGCCUAUUGAGCCACCAAAUGUGUUCAAAGGAAAGAUAAGAACUUUCACUGCUCCAGAACUAUGUUUAGAUGCUACAUCAGAAAAUCUGCUCAAUAUAAAAGAAUGUACUGAUAAUCAUGAUAAAAAUCAAAAUUUUAUAUUAAGUUGGCGGAAUGACAUUAAAUCAAGAAAUAAUAUGUGUUUGGAUAUAAGUGACUCAUCAUUUAAAGCAAAAAUUAGCCUUUAUGGAUGCCAUAAUGGUGGAGGAAACCAACUGUGGCAUUAUGAUCAUGGUAAAAUGAAACUUGUUCAGGGAAAAAAUCCUAGAUGUAUGGAACAUGACAUUAGUACCAGAAAAGUUUAUGUAACCAAAUGCAAGCRAAACAAUGAAGAUCAAAAAUGGAUAAUAGAAAAUUUUAAUUCCAAAUCAACUAACUGGUCAUUAGCAAAUUAAGGAACAAUAAAUAUUAUUUUAGGAUUUAAGUAAUACAUUAUUUGAACAAAUUAUUUACUUGCUAAAACUUAUG